AUGCGCUCCUGCCUGCCCUCGCUCCGGCCGCGCCGGCCGCAGCAGCACCAACAAAGCCAUGACCACCACAAGCAGUACACAGCUUCCAUAGACAUGGAGUCUCAAAGACGGCGUCUCGUCGCGGAUCGGCGACAGAAAAUGUGGUGCGGCUUCUGCGGCAUCGUCGUCAUCGUCGUCAUCUACCUCGUCAGUGAGCUGCUUAUAUGGGGUCUCAGUCGCGCCCUCACAGCGCCCAAGCUCGAAUUCCUCGCCUCCAUCCUCGGCAUGCUCCUCGUCUUUGCCUGCAUGAUGAUUCUGUGCGCAUCAAUUCCAAGACUCACUGAAUUUUAUGAAAGAAAUAUCAGAAAUGCGGUCGACUUCAUCAAUCGCCACAUGGGCGCCGCCUUUACCAUUCCCAUGGUCAUGCUCACCGGACAUUAUUCCAUGGAUACAAAAACCAUGGGCUUGGUCAUUAGUGCUUUUCUGUUGAAUUCACUCGUGGCGUGGGUCGCAGCCUUCUUCGUCGCCAAAUACACCGACAUCAUUUUCGUCAAAAUAUUUUCCCUGGUCCGAGAAUUCACAAAGUCAGCCGACCGAGGAGACUUGACUUUGAAUUCCAGCCGCAACACAAGCUAUAGCAAAAGUUGGAACACGCUCAGCCGCCGCGGAACAGCUAGUACCACCAGCACUCUCGUCGAGCCGACUGUGCGUCAGCCUUGGAUCUGGACCUGGCUUUCUCCAUUCUGGCCGCUCGUCGCAUCCUUCUUUGUCAUGGCUGCGGUUGGUUUGCCUAUGGCCGUGCUCCUCGGCGAACCUCGAAUCCUCGACGGCUGCGCUCUGUGGUUCAUAUGGAUAUCCUGCGUCACAUCCCAGCGAGCCAUGAAGCAGCACACCAAGAGCUACGCCAAGCCACCCAGGGUCCUUCUAAUACUCGCCACUCUGGCUAAUCCGGUCCUGUUUACCAUUCUCCUCAUGAUGGCCUAUAUCCGCAUCAAAGCCUAUGCCAUAGCCGUCGGCAUCCCGGAUGUGCUCGCCAAGCUCAGCAGCGGCACUCAGUUAUACGCGAUAUGGACAUAUGGCGUCGAGCGAGUACCGGCCCCUGAGCCCAACUGGUUCGGUGCCGGCGACGCUGCCCUGUCCAUGCUUGGCUGCGGCUUCAUCGUAUGGGGCUUCAAGCUGCACGAGUGCCGACGCCAGCUCUUCAGCGCCUCCGGUUUGGUCGCCGUCCUAGUCAGCAUCGCCGCUGCUGCCGGUAACGUCUUCCUUGGUGCGCACGUAGGCUCGCUCAUUGGCUUGGCUCGACCUGAGGCCCUGGCGUUGGCAGCGCGCACGACCACGUUGGCCCUCGCGAUUCCCGCCAUGAAGAAUGUCGGCGGCAGCACGAGCCUCACUGUUUCCCUCAUGAUCACAAAUGGCAUCUUAGGCCAACUUGUGUACCCUUCAUUCCUCAAUGGCUUGGAGGAGUCUGAGGAAAAGAAGAGCAACCAGCUGGAGCGCCAACCGUCGACGCACAGCUACGACUCUGCCGAUACAGCCGUACCUGUCGCAAGAGCAAAAGACAAGCAAGACAGCACCAACACCGUCGCUGCAGGCAUAGCGAUUGGCAUCAACGGCGCAGCCAUGGGCGUCGCGUACUUAUAUGAAAACAAGUCUCGAUCCGCACCGUACGCCACGCUCGCCAUGACCACGUACGGAGUUGUGACGGUCGUCUUGAUUGCGGUGCACCCAUUCAGGGAUGCGCUGCUAAGUUUGGUUUGA